GGUACCACCGCCCUGCCUAUUUCUGCCGUGAAGCAGUAAUGCGUUUCGGUUUGAAGGGUGGGGCAGCCGUUGUAAUCCUGAGCUGUGAGCCCGUCAAUUUAUGUAAGCAAUAAAAAAUAAAAGUUAUCACAAGUUGAUCUCACCGCUCGACUCAUCUAAUUUAAAUAUUAUAUCGACAACUGUUCGCACAGUACUUUCGCCGUGUCUUAAACGAAUAAGCGUCACAGUCGAAGCUCGCCAGUGUGAAAGCUCAGUCGAAAAUAAGUGUCAUAAGUUCGGUUUUUAAUUGAACAUGUCUCACCAGUCCACUGGCGAGAUCUUCAGCAGAAAUAUGGAGAACCAGUCCGAUAAUGACGGCGUCAGACUCAUUGUGCUCAACCUUCCGGAAGACGAGGGCGAGGGGCUUGGCUUCAGAGUGACGAGGACGCUGUGGGAUCCGUAUCCGUGGGUCCGUGAAGUGACUCCGGGGUCCAGAGCUGACGCUGCAGGCUUGAAGACCGGAGAUUGUCUACUGCAAGCCGACGGAAGAGAUCUCCUAGGAUUACCGGUGGGACAGGUGGCCGGUCUGAUCCGGGGGGACGGCGCGGGGGGCGGAGUGUCUCUCCUCGUCUGGAACUGCGGCGUCGAUCCCAAGGAUGAUCCCGAGUUGCUGUGGAGUUGCGGCGGCGGCAGCAGGGGGGAGAGGUCACGCCGCGCGCUCGCCGGGGUGCUGAGGGCGCUCUCGUGCUGCGUCUGCGCCUCCACCGCCACCAGGGCCCUGCACUGCGCCAGAUCCCAUCUGUACUGCGAAACCUGUUGGACACGUUUGGAACGAUGCGCUCUGUGCAGGGAGCCGCUCCCGCCGAAGAACUCUCCCUACUCCAGAAACUUAGUCGCCGAACAGGUCUUCGAAGCGAUAGCGACAGAAUACGAGAUCAAGACGGCGAUAAGACGUCCCACUGAGACUGCAUCAGCCACGGCCUCCCCGAACCGCUCCCCCAGCAUCUCACCUUCGAUCCACAGGAAAGGACAAUACCAACUCUCGAUGAUGAGCAAGCGGAAACCGGAAACUACCGAAAAAUACAGACAGAUUUACUCAUCAGACCCGAACAUUCACAACUCAACCAACGCGUCGAGGCGACUGCGUAAUCCUACCGGCUUAGCAGGGAAUUCUCGGGCUGGCAACAUCAAUUGUAACUGUCAUAGUAGGAAGCUUGACAAGGACGUGCAGACGCAGCUAACGUCAAACGUCAGCGAGACUUUGACAGAUGGCUUGACAGUACAGCAUAGAUUAGUGACGAGAUUACGUCCGGCUUGCUCGUUGGCUGACCUACAGAACUCGAUGCCCGGCUGUCGUCUGUCGACUUCGCUAAAUAAUUUGGGCGAACACAGUAAAGAACAAAAUCAACACAGCAACUCUUUGGACAACUUGAAGAGUCACGGCACCGCGCUGGGUGAGUUCAGCCUUGAUGCGCCGGUAUUUCUAGUUUCUCCGACACCCGUAUACCUGGUCACGUGCGGACACAGCCAGGAAGGGAGCUAAGCACUUACUGUCCUCCACACCGGCGGGCGUACGGAGCGUACUCUCGUCUAUGAAAUAGUGUCUGUCAGAAAGCAACCGUUUAGUUCGGCGUCGCCGGAGCGAGUGGCGCUAAUUCAAAGAUGGCGUUAAAAGAUAUUGUAGUAAAUUAACCUUUCUAAGGUGAAAGUUUAUUUCGUUGACAGUUCGAUGUUUUUAAUUGAACUUCAAUUAAGUUUACCCCAUUCAAAUAGCUGAAGAUGUUUUUUUCUUGUUAUGAUAUUUUUUUCCAAAUUUGAAACUUUCAAUGUCUCUCCUGGAAAUUUGCAAAAAUGUCGCUUAAACAAACAGCUUUUCACUCCUCGAUAUAUAUUAUGUGUAAGUUCGUUUUUUUUAAAUUAUUUGUAUAUUGAAUUCUAAGUUAAAUAGCCACAUAAGUGUACAUUUUUUUUUUAAUGUAUAUUUGUUAACUAACCUUGUUUUUUUUACUUAUUAAAUUGUUUUCAACACGAAACGAACAAAACAUAAUAAAUAAUAAAUUAAGUUCA